CUGAAAUAUUCAAGACACGAAAAAGAAUCAAAAAAGAUGACCGGAAGCGUGAGAAAAACGAUCAAUUUUAUCAUAAAACUGCAUUCCAUCACCUGAAAAAAUGAGUAAUUGGCUUGAACUAAGGUUUGAUGGGUUUAUCUACCUAUAACGAAAAAAAAACCGUAACGCAAUUGUUUUCUUUUCCCACAAUAAAAUUACUGACAUGAAGAUUGUUGGCUUUGUAAGAUUCGCAUUCUAUGUGGGUGCAGUAAACACGUGACUUGCAAUGUCACACUGCACUACAAAUAUUUAUGUCAAGUCAAUACAAAAGAAAAAUCUUAUGGAAUUUUAAAAGUUAUAAAUGCAAGUGCAGAUGAAACAAGAAACAGGUUGGCUACUACUGCACCUAUAAGGUUUAUAACCCCUAGGCCUAGGAUACCGUUAGUUCAUGAAUCAAUCCUCAAUAUCAAGGUGUUCAAUCAAAACAAAUAGUCUAUGAAUUACGUUGGAAUAUUUUAAUGAGGAACUAAGAAUAUGUUGGAGCUCCUAUGAUGUUUAUUAAUGAUUUUUUUCGGACUAAAAAUGUAGUUGUGUCUUGAUCAACUAUUCUCCUGGCUAUGUAGAUUUAAAAUAACCACUAAGCAUAGCUGGUCAAGUACUAUUAGCUUGAUCCUGCUAAUAAGAAAAACGCAUGGUACAUCCCGCAAGUGAAACAGUUAUGAUGAAUCGUGUUCGUUCUCUCAUUGCUCAUGAUCCAAAUGAACACGUACUCCAAUAGAAAUAGGGAGGAAGUUCAGAUAAAGGAUAUAAUAAAAAGCAAUCGAUUUACUGAAAAAAGCAUACAUUUUAUGUCCAUUAAUACAUGUAAAGCUUGAUGACCAUCACCAAGUAAAGAAGUUCGAGAAAAUUGCAAGAAAUCGUUCCGUUAAUUGGAAUCUGCAUACCAGGAUCAUUGACUCAAUAAUGAUUAGUUAUAAAGCGUUACUUUAUGUCAGAAAAUAUUAGCACAAAGUAUUUUAGAAAAUAUUUCAAUCACGGGAAAGAAAAUUAUACUAUUCAACUUUUCGUUUCUUAACUUCAAUUACUAACUGUCUUAAUAUCAAGGACAUCCCAAAUGACAGGAAGUCAUUGGAUUCAUUUAACACAUCGUAGAGCAUCAUGUGUGUCAACUAGAAUAAAUUUUCUCUUUUUUUUUUUACAUAAUUUUAACAAUAUCAAAUAUCAUCCGGAAGAAUCUUGAAAUUUCGAUUACUUUAUAUGUGAUGUGCAUCAUGAAUUCUCAACCACAAUCCAUUUACCAAGAGAAAAGAAAGUAAAGCAAGUACAGAAGAUGGGUGAGAGUCAUCAGAAUAACCUCGAAUUUUCUUGCAGAAUUACAAAAAGUUUUCCACGGUUAUUUUGAUUGCCAGUUUAAGUAUUCAUUUUUUUUUUCUAAAUUAUAAUGAAAUAGUUUCAUAAAAUCUAGGUCACUAAUUUGGCGACAGUAUAAGAUGUUCAACUAUUUUAUUCUUUUCAGAAAUGGAUACACAAAGUGACGAUGUAGCACGAACUAUAAUUUACUGUCUUUCGUGAUGUUAUUAGGAUUAAAUAAAAGCAUAAAGGGAAGAUUAAUGAGAGCGUAUAUUAAAUUCAGUUGAAUUCUAUUUUUUGCAAACCUUUAUGAUCAAUCAUCCAAAGAACACGUACUAAGUUAAAGGUAAAGAAUUCAGUUUCAGAAAUUCGGGCAAUCGAUUUGAUUGAAUAAUUCUAGAACAUAUCUACGUUUUUUCUGUAGUAAAUCAACUGUUUAUUUCUUGUGUUAAUUACCUGGCAAGAUUUUCAUUAAGAGCAACUAGCUAUAAUUUUGUAUUAUCGAUAUUUUAUGAGAAAAUUGCUAUAUGCUAAGCAGAUGAAGUAACAAACAACAAGAAGAUACUUAGUCUUCAGCUAUUGCAAAACAAUGUUAAAACAAAAAUGCUACCAAGCCUGGCGAUCAUUGGACGUACGGUUUACCCCCACGUGCUUGCACAGGCUAUAUAGAAGACCCCUCAUGGAAUUUCAUCUACAGAACUGAGAGUCAGUGUCACUGAAUCUACUCAAGAAUUUCUAAGAUGCAAAACAAUAAGCUAAUUGCUCUCUGCCUCGUGGCUAUCACACUUGGCCAAACCUUUUCAUUGCCACAACAUCCGGCUUAUCAUCCAGAACAGUAUGCUCAACAAAAAGUUGGAGAAGAGAGAAAAUUUGCGGAGAAACCAAAUGCUAUGAAGAAAGUUGCUCUUGAUGAUAUUGAUGAUAUUGGAUCCAAUCAAAUUCAGCAGGAAAAUAGUGCUGCAGGUUUCUCAUGGUCUAAUAUGUUAGGCAUGAUCAUGCAAAUGUUGUUAGGACAGACAACUGGUAUAACAGGUCCUAGUAAAAACGAAAUCGAUGAUGGAGUUCCAUCAAGUCCCUGGGCAAACCUCUUAACCAUGGGUCUCCGAGUAUUAACAGCUAUCCUCGGUGGUGCUCAACAACCUGUUGAUGGUAUUGACAAGGUUGAUAACCAGAGUAGUCCAAUGCAGGGCAUUUUGACCGCGGUGCUGGGUGCGUUUCUAGGACAGGGAAGAAAUCCUGAACAGUUUUCUACCAUGGCUAAACAAGCCACUGAGUUCAUCAGUAUUGUCGUAAACCUUUUGGACGCUUUGAAAACUUCAUUCUCACACCGUUCUCUAUCUGCCCGAUCAGUUGGAAAACGUGAUACCAUUUCAGAAGCUGUGGUUGCUUCCAUUACCAUGCUCAAGGGCUACAUGAGAUCCAUGAAGACAUUUAGCACUGCUGGAAGGAUGGAAGAAGAAGGACAAAGAGGAUGUGCAGAGCGAGCUCUAUGUGAAGCUAGUGCUGAAUGUGUUGCUGAUACUCAAGGAGGUUCUACAAUUCUUUGCCAACUUGGAUCAUAUACUACCAGUUUUGUAUUAGAAAAACAAAGCGGAAUACGUUUUGAAGCUCUUUAUGAAGCUGGAAGACGUGGACGAUCUGGUGAAGACUGCAGAACGCUCUAUAUGGACUGCAAUGCAGUCUGAAUUGCUUAUACAUUUAGACCGACGCUCGUCCGGUGAUUCUAUUAGUUAUUAACAAUAUAAUUACUAAAGUAAUCCCGAUAGCGAUGCGAAGAAAAUAACUUGCAGACUGAACGUACUUCGAAGCUUAGGUAAACCCAGGAGAAUGUAAUUUAGAGUUUAACUAAACUUCGACGACUCGAGCUGACUAAUAUGUAUUUAUUAUUAAUAUUUAUUAUUUGGUCAAUUAAGAUUGUGCUAAAUAAUGCGUACAGAAUGGAAUUUUCUUCACGAGGUAUUAUUUUCUCAUAGAUAGUUAUUACGUCGAGAUGAAUAGAAAUUAUUAAAUAGGAGGAAGAUAGGCUUAAAAUAGCAAGCGUUAAAGUGGAUGGAUAACGAUUGAAAGUGUUUAACUAAAGUUUUAAGUAAUUUAUUUAAUAAUAAAUAAAUCUAUUAAUUAAUCAAUACUUCAAACUUUAGUUAAGGUAAAUCCUCCUAAUGUUUCUUAAUUGUUAAUAUCUCAGGACGUUAAUUAUUUGCGCUCGAAAUUGUUAAUUACUGUAUAUAUUUGUUAUUAUCUUAAUAUUGAGAUAAAAAAUGUAAUGACAAAUACUAUUCUUGUCUUAGAUUUAUUUUCAUAUUUCACUAGACUUUUCAUUAGGCUUAAUUAAGUUGUAUGAACGUAUUGUUAAA